AUGACACCCCACGAUGACGUCUUCGUUCAUCAGACGGACAUCACUCACAACAACCCACAAAGAGUAAUGCGCAGCGUAGGUGAGAGAGGGGUGGUCAAGCUUAACGUCGUUCUUGGAGAGAAAGUUCGCGAAGCGGCCAACGUGACUGUGCCUGAUAGAGAAGCCGUUCCAGGAAAUCCGUGUGCUACAGGCCGGCGUCGUUUUGGUGGACGCUGGUUCCCCAGACCACAUCGCUUGAUGUCCCGCAGAGGGCCACCCCCACAGGAGACGGAAUGCCUUCCCGACACCAGGCGUUUCCUACCGCAGCGUCGAGGAUCCUUACCGAGAUCUUCUAACCAUGGGUUCUACCGUUGUCUUAGAGGUCUACCACGGAACACCCUUCAAGAUGACCUUCGCAGGACGUAUGAGUACGAAAAGUAUGACGACAUCAGAGACCAACAAGUAUAG